AUCGAAGUGCGUAGAAAUUAGCUCUCAAAUGAAUCCGAUGUCCUUCUUCAUACCUGUGUCGAUGGGCGGGCUGUCGAAUUCGUCUCGUAUUGCCACUUCCACGGGGCAAAGCGUCCCUGCCUCGGCAUGACUUCACUACUAUGUUUUCGCGAGCCCGAGCAGGUGAUACGGACGGCUUGAUCUUUCUUCUACCAAUCUACCGUUAACUCUUUCAUCUUCAGACCCUGUAGAGUCAUCAUUGAACAUCGUCUCCCUGCAAUGGCUGAAAACUCACGCCCAUACGAGCUUGUCCUGCUUGGAGCGACUGGCUACACAGGAAAGCUAACCGCAGAAUGGAUCACUACGAAUCUACCCCAAGACCUAAAGUGGGCCAUUGCAGGACGCAACGCAAAGAAACUGCAAAGCGUCGCCGAUGAAUUGAAAGAGCUGAACCCCAACCGUCCGCAGCCAGAUAUCGAGACAUGCGAACUUCAGAAAGACCAAUUGAGCCGUCUGACCACGAAAACCCGCCUCCUCAUUAACACCAUAGGCCCAUUCAUGCACUUCGGCGAACCCGUGGUCGCCGCCUGCGCUGAAAACGGCACCCACUAUCUCGACUGCACGGGCGAAGUUCCCUGGUACUACGACAUGAUCGCUAAAUACCACACCCUCGCUCGAAAAAAUGGUGCAAUCAUCAUCCCCCAGUGCGGCGUCGACUCCGUCCCCGCCGACAUCAUGGCCUUCUCGCUCACCACUCACAUCCGCAAGACUCUCCACGCCGGCACCCUCAACGUUAUCAUGUCCCUGUACGACCUCAAAUCCGGCCUCAGCGGCGGCACUAGCUUGACGACGCUCGACCUCUUCGAAAAGUACCCGCUUAGGGAAAUGGCAAAGCGCUUGCAUCCCUAUUCAAUAUCCCCUGUCAAACCCAAUUCUCCGUCGAAAGCGCCGAGAGGAAGCUUGUUCUACCGCCUCCUAGGCCUGCAGAGUAUUCCGGAGCUCGGCGGCAUCCAAACCACGCACGUAAUGGCGAGCGUAGACACCUGCAUCGUGCAUCGCAGCUGGGGCCUGUACGAGUCCACAGCCACCUCCCGCCCCUCGCUCUCCUACGGCCCGUACUUCCGCUUCACAGAGUACAUGCGCGCCAAAUCCCUGCUCUUCGGCGUCCUCUUCAAACUUGGCGUUGGACUCUUCGGCCUGCUCCUCGCCCUACCGCCCACACGCUUGCUCCUCUCGCCUCUCGUCCGACGCUUCGUUAUUUCGAAGGCAGGCGAAGGACCCGCGAAGGAAAGCAUGAAGAAAGACUUCAUGAGCUACCGCGCCGUGGGGAUCGCGGAUACGGAGCGGAAGGAGAAGGUCAUGGGGAGGCUGGAUGUCGCGCAUGGAGGGUAUGCGACGACGGCGCUGACGCUGAGCGCGGCUGCGGAUGUGAUUUUGAGGGGCGAUGUUGGGAAGACCGAGGCUGGAAGACUGGGCGGAGGGAUUCUUACGCCGGCGACGUUGGGAGAGGAGUACGUGGGGAAGUUGAAUGAGUUUGGCAUGAAGAUCCAGGUCGGUCAAUGAAAACGCCCUGAAGGCUGUCAGCCUACCUGUUGCGCAGGCCACGGCGGCCAAGAAGGGAGUGCCUAUGGAUACACAGCUAGAGAGCCCGGCAGCAUUCCAUUCAAGCGCGAGCGCCCGUGUUAAACGGCGUGGCGGACUUUAUGCGAUGCGGAACACCUUAUCAUCAUAUGUAUUUCAAAACAAAAUGUACCACAGUAUGCAC